AUUUUGCUGAAUGUUAUUUUUCAAUGCAAUCGUUCUGAAUGAAUCAUGAUGUGGUGCAUUGGUUUUGGUAAGGUGCCCUCCCGUCAACAAGAAGUUUCUUAUGGGUCCAUUUUAGGGAGUUGCUUGAUUCAUAUCUUGUUGUACAACGAAAGCAAUCUUCGUAGAGUGUGGGCAAAUACUCUUUAUUUGUUUACAUCUUAGCCUAGAAUGGUAAAGGUUGCAUGUAAGAUCACUUCCCAAGCCUGACAUCGUGCAUUGGUCUGUUCUUGUUGAUUUUGGUAUUUGCUUGUUGUUUUGCUUGCAUGUCAGAUCAAACUGGGGUUGAAAAAUAAUAUUAUGGUGAAUAAAAUUGCAACAUAUGGUGAUUUAGCAGAUUCAUGUGCAUGCUCGUUGAUGAGAGUGCUGUCAGUUUAAAGUGCAUGCAUCUUUUAUCAACCUGAAAGGAUAUGCUCUUAUUCAUAUGCAGAUCAUGCAGUAAACAGAUCACCUGUCAAAGUAUGCGCCAUCAACCGUUCUGCUUCAUCAGAAAUCAAAACUACUGUUCAUGUCCUAAAAGGCAAGGAAGUUUAUGCUACUACAGAGGCAAUAAAGAAGAGGGUCCAACAUGCCUAGAGUUGAUGAAUCCAUGGAAUGGGCCCCUACCCAGCACCAAUCAGAAAGAAAAGAAGAGAUCAUCAUUUCAAAGAAAAAGAAGCUUGUCUUCCUCAAUGAUUCCGGUUCACAUGCCUCCAAAAGUGGAGUUGUAUGUCAGACACAAGAUUCCAUGAACAGCAGAACAGCUCUGAUUUGCCCGGAGGUUCGAGGAUGAAUUACCAUCUCGGGUUAAAUGUCACUUUAGUGUGGUGGGACGCAUGCUUUUGGGAAUGAAUGAGAAUCUCCGGAUGACUCCGUGACCGACGGGGCGUGACAAUGUGGAACAGUUAUGAGCUUUACUUGGCUUGUGUCGCAUCGACGGAAACUCAAGUGGGUCACAAACAGCGAAUGAGUAUGGCGAAUCCAGAUGUGGAGAUGGUAAAUUGUGAUCCCGAUGGCUCGAAUUACUCCCAAGGAGAAAGGAACGAGGUGAGAGACCGGAACUGCUUGCUUGAUAUAGUCAAAAGACAAAGACGCGUCCGGGUGGCGCUGCUGCAUAUCUUUUGACCCUUCACACUGACUUCAUGGGCACGUUAACCCUAUUUGAUUACAAGAGUUAAAGAUCAUUAGGGUGGUUCAUGCGAUAUCACAAGCUUUCAUUCGUAAGGUCCUUUGUAAAAUGAGUAAAAUGGGUGGCAAAUCCUCCGGGGAUAUUGAAGAAGGGACGCACCGCUCUCACCAGACUCAGAGCGAUGAAGAUAGCCUUUGCUUCUCUGAUGCAGAAGCACAUUCGUGGCAGUCGCCAUAUGGCUCCAACGGCGGCGGUUCCACUUAUGAUGAAGGUCGGGUCUCGGCUGCUUCCUGCCUUGAGAUUGAUGGGUCUCGAGAGCAUGGUAGAAAAUCCUGUGUCUCGGAGUCUUCACUUGAUGAUGAUGAUGAUGAUACGGAGAUGGGGGCUUCGGAGGUAAAGAUGAAUAUAGAUAAAUUUGAGCGAGACUGCAGGAUUUGUCAUCUCAGCUUGGAGAAGGCGGCUUCAGAGUCGGGUGUAACAAUUGUCUUGGGCUGCUCCUGCAAGGGUGAUUUAGCUGCUGCACACAAGCAGUGUGCUGAGACAUGGUUUAAAAUCAAAGGAAACAAGAUCUGUGAGAUUUGUGGCUCGACUGCACUGAAUGUGGCCGGUGUGAGCGACACCGAGCCCAUAGAGCAGUGGAGUGAGGCUAACACUUCUCAAGCACCGCCUGCCGUGCCGCCAUCUGAAACCCGGAGCUUUUGGCAGGGGCACCGUUUACUUAAAUUCCUCGUUGCAUGUUUGGUGCUUGCCUUUGUUGUUUCCUGGCUCUUCCACUUCAAUGCUCCAGGCUGAACAAUGGACAGGUUUGUGGGUAUUAAAGAAACAAGGGUAAAGCAGUUCUCUCUUGCUGCUCAAAAACCAUCAGCUGCAACACCAUUAAAACCACCAAAACAAUGAGCUUGUUUUGCAUUGAAGGGAAAAUGAUCAAGCAUACUGGAUGUGAUGAGGCACAUAAGAAGUUAUAGAUGUAGACAUCAAGUUUGUAGUGAAACCAAAGCCAACUUUCCACUUUACUUUAUUGUCCCUUGUUGUAUGGUUCUGCCAUUUUGUAAUUGUCUCUCCUUUGUUCACCAUUCUACCAUCAUUAUCCAGUGUUCUUUUAUCUUAAUAACACAUUCUUGCUGUAGCUUAUAUGA